AUGGAGCAUAUCGCGAGUCUACCAGAGGUGACGGAGAUGGACUAUAUCAUGGGACACGGUGUAUUUUGCGAUACUUGUACUACUCUGACUACACGCGGCGAGACUUUCCUGUGGAAUCUGGAAAGAGUUACAAAACAGUCCCGAGCCUUUGAUGGUCAGUAUAUGACACUUUUGAGCGACAGCGGAGACACGAAUGUGGACCUCUACGUUAUAGACACUGGAAUCGAUAUAACGCAUACUAAUUUUGACGGCCGUGCAUCGUUCGGAGAUAAUUUUACUGGCAAAAUGGCUGUACUCAAUGGCGAUGGCACAAGUGUUGCCGGCUAUGCAAUGUCAAGAAAAUUUGGAGUGGAAAAGCAAGGAAACGCAAUUUCUGUAAAGGCUCUAGCGGGUGAACAAGGCAUAGGGAAUUCUCGAAUCACCAUGGAUGCAUUUCAAUAUGUAGUUGAUCAAGUCAAUUGGCGGGGCAAUAACAGGCGGACAGUUGUCAACAUGAGUCUUGGCGGAGGUCGGAGUACUGUUUUCAACUACUUUGUCAAUGCGAUUGUAUCACAUCUGAACACAGUUGUUGUAGUCGCUGCUGGAAAUGAGAAUCGGGAUGCCUGUAAUGUUUCACCCGCAAGUGCGGAGUUGGCCAUAACCGUGGGUGCAUUCACUAUCACGGAUUCUCGGGCUUCAUUCAGCAACUUUGGGUCCUGUGUUGACAUAUUUGCACCUGGCCAGAGCAUUCGAAGCGUUACUCUAAACAACCGCGAUCAGUUG